AGAUAACUAAUGAGACUGAGUUUGUUUGCUACUCCUAAACGGCUGCAACAAUCAUCUCGUCGUCUGUCAGGAAAGAAUACGGUAGGCAAGUGUGUUUUUUUUUUCCAGAUUUGACAAUGAUAACAUGAUGAAAAAUAGCAGUGCGUGUUGUGAUGUUACCAACAGUUGAAUGCUCAUCUUUUAUCACAAUAACUAAAAUAUAUCAAAUAGCCUUUAAAUGGACUUGCUAAAAGAUUUCUGCUCAAGUUAAGAAUGAUCAUGUUUUAUCUUUUUUAUCUUUUAGCCAUGUCAAGAAGAGAAAUCACUGUCUUUUUUCUGGCUUUGCUGUUGAAGACUUCAUUUACCCAAACUGAAGAUGCUGCAAAAACAGAAGCCACCCUCAAAGCUAACCAACAUCUUUUCAGUUCAUCUGUCACAGAGAUCCCACGUGUCCUGGGACCAGGAGUGACAGAGAUUUUAUUUGUGGAAAGCCAGAUUAAAACAAUCCCGAAUGAAGCUUUUACUGAACUCCCCUUUCUUAUAAGUGUGGAGUUUAUAAACACAAACACAACAUAUGUUGGACCUGAGGCCUUUAAAGGCUUGGUCAAUCUCACAGUUCUUGUGAUCUCUGGCUCUCCACUGACCUCAAUCCCAGUGGGAGCCUUUAAAGACCUCUUCAACAUCAAAAGGAUUGAAUUGCCGCAAAACAAACUGCUCCGUCUGGAGAAAGGCUUGUUUGAUGGCCUCAGGAAGGUCCAAGAGCUCCGUCUACAAGGAAAUGAAAUCCAAACUAUUGAAGAUGGGACCUUUGACGAUCUUGAAAACCUAUCCCUCCUCCAUUUAGCCAAAAACAAUCUUUCUGCAGUGUCUUCUGACUGGUUUUCAAAUCUUACCAAACUGCAGACACUACGACUUUAUGAGAAUCAACUCACUGUGAUACCUGAAAACAUUUUUCAAAAUCUGACAAACUUAAAAGAAAUUGGCCUAAGUGGAAAUAAAAUAACUGAACUGUCACCAAAUUUAUUUCCACACAAAGAAAAACUGAGUAAGCUGCUUCUAGAUAGUAAUCUUCUGACUGCCUUACCAGAGGGUUUUUUUGUUGGCUUUCCGCUUCUCAAAACACUGACACUGCAUACGAAUGAACUCACCAGUCUUCCACCAGUGCUUUUUGGAGAAAUGCCAAGACUAGUGGACUUAAGUUUCAGCCAAAACAAUCUCAGCUCUUUUCCUAAAGGAUUAGUCAGCCCUUUGACAAAACUCAAGAAGCUGGAUCUGUCCAAAAAUCUAUUCACCACAUUACAUUCAGAUUAUUUUGAAGGUGCUCUGAAGCUCACAGAGCUGAAUCUCCAAAACAACAAGAUUGAUUUGCUGGAUGAAGAUGUGUUUAAAAAUCUGCAAUCACUGACCACGCUAAAGCUAGCAUACAACAACCUGCAGACGCUUCCUGGGGAUAUUUUCCAGCCUCUAACGAAACUAAAGAGACUUUAUCUCAAUGACAACCCUUGGCGUUGCGACUGUAACCUGAUUUUUCUUCACACAUGGAUGACACAAAACGCUGUCAAGAUUGUGAGUCCUGUGCGGUGUGAGUAUCCAGAAGAAUUACGGGGACAGGAAAUCACAUCAUUGGCAGAGGAUAAAUUAAUUUGCCUCCCUACAACUAUUCCCACAACUACAACUAUCACAACAGCUCCAACGACAACUCCAACCACCACAACAACUACAACCAUGACAACAACUCCAAUGACUACGACAACCAUGACAACAACUCCAAUGACUACUACAACCAUGACAACAACUCCAAUGACUACUACAACCAUGACAACAACUCCAAUGACUACUACAACCAUGACAACAACUCCAAUGACCACUACAACCAUCACAACAACUCCAAUGACCACUACAACCAUGACAACAACUCCAAUGACUACGACAACCAUCACAACAACUCCAAUAACUACUACAACCAUCACAACUACAGCACCAACAACAACCAUCCUUACCACUUCGACACUGCCUCCAACAAUGCCAACCACCACUUUACUAACAACAACCAAACCACCCACAACGACACUCCCAACUACAGAAGCAACAACCACCAUUCAAACGACUACGACACCUCUCCCUACAACUCCAACCACCACACUUCCAACUACAGUUCUAACAACCACCAUCUUCACCACAACUACACCUUUUCCUACAACACCAACGACCACCACACUUGCAACUACCACAAUACCCCCCACAACUACACAACCAACCACAACGAUCCUUACUACUACAACACUACCAACCACUUUGCCAACAACUAUGACAACCACCUCCUCCACCACUACACUAACCACAACCACCACAAUUCCAUCAACCACCACAUUUACAACAGCUGCACCCACUACAGGGAUGAUAACAACCACCACAACCAUAACCACGACUUUACUCACCACAACAAGACCACCAACAACCACUUGGACAACAGCUGCUCCCACCACCACCACCCUCAGGACAACCCAGCCACUUACCACCCCAACACCAACUCCUCCUCAACAGACCAGUCCGAAAAUUUUUACCUGUCCCAUGGAUCUAUCAACACAAGAGCCACAACUGUCACCUUCUACAAAUCCAUACAGAGGAAAAGUUCAGCAGUGCAAAUGUCAGCUGAUUUUCUACACCACCCUGCUGGUGGUGGAGAUCGCCUGCACCUUGGCACUGGCUAAGGUCACUCUGUCCUUUUAUCGCCUGCUGCAGUGCAGGGAGAGGAUGUACCACAGGGUCAAACUUACACAUUUUUCUUACAAAAAGGAGGUCAUCCUCAGAUCACUACAAGAAUCAGAGACUCACAGACUUUGAUUAACAGUACUUGUUUCCUUCAGAUUAGUUUUUGGACUUUUCCUUCAUCAACAGGACAGCUUGAGAGAGACAGGAAAUGUGUAGAGAGAGGAUAAAAAUGCUCCAAAUCAUGCUGGGAUGAAGAUGCACCCCACAAGGACCACAGCCUCAUAUUAAAACUUUGUUAGUCUUGGUUUUACUACGCGAGUGUUUUUACUUUUUAAAAAUGUCUGACCUGAUUUUUUUAGGCUGUAAAUCAUCUACAUAAGAUGGAGUGUUGAAAUCUUGUCUUUAAAACAGGCAAUUAAAAAAUAAGUACGUUUUCAUUAUUUUUUGCCUCUUUGUUUAUUAAAUCUUGAUAUUUUUUUGAGUCCACAUUUGGAGUCCUUUUCUUUGUAAAACCCUGCUCUGUGAUGGCUGGCUUGGUGAAAGAAAGACAUUUUAAAACAGGAUGCAUAUUUACAAGAAUAACAUUUUUUUUUCUCAGGAGUCUGUUUGUCUUGUCAGGACACAAACUUGGAAUUUGGCCACAGUUUAUGUAGUUGUACAGUAGAGGGAGCCAAAGAUCAGAGCUACUUCAUUCUCUAUUCUGUUGACAGGGGAAUCCCAGUUUUUCCCCCUUGUAUACACAUUUUUACCACGCAUACUUCACCAGGAAGCGCUGGCCUUCAAAAUGCAACAUUACCAUUUAGCCUGUCUUGUCUUGCUUGAAUAAUGUGUUACAGCAUAAAAGGGGCUGUCAGAGACUUUUGAUCCAUGCAGAUGAAUAACACAGACAAAUCAACCAUAGCAGGUUUUUUUCUUUCACUGCUCGCACCGGGGGAACAUCAAAGCCGAUGAGGAAGAGGUCCUCUGGUCUGAUCAGGAUCGAGGUUGUGCUGCAGUUCAGAAAAAUAAUAUUUUUGUUUUCUUCUUAUGUCUGUGCAUUAGGUUUAUUGGUAGUGUUUUGUAUUGCACUUGCACAGGUUAAUUUACUGGAUUUACCACUUAGUAUGUAAAAUAAUGUAAGGGUUGUUUAUAGGAAAUCAAAAAGCUUAUAAUAAAGCGUAAGAUCGGGAGGUGAGGGGGACAAAUGAGUGGCUGUGUUGUCUGCCUGAUAAUUUAAGGUUAAAUAGAUGAAUUUGUCCUUUACUAGAUAGAACCACAGGAAAAGAAUAAUGGAGAGGAUUAAUUAACCCCCACUUAUAUAGAUCUGUACAAGAUUGUACAUGUAUGUGUAAGUUAAUAGAUUUGAAACCUCAUAACAACAUUGGUGAAACCUUUAAAUAUAGUAUCGGAGUUUUAUUAUUAAUAUUCAUCUUGUUAAAAACCUUUGUUGUUUUCAACAAUGUGGCAACACAGAGAUAUGAUUUUCUAACACUAGAGGGCACCUCUGCAUUAAACAAAGUCUGGCUUUUAGUUGUGUUUCAAUCUCUUAAUCUACAUUAUAUGAUUUUACCCUAUUUUAGUCCAAGAGUAAUUUUUUUGUGUUUUUCCUUUUUUUUUAAUUUACCUUCUGUCAUUGUUUGAUUUUAUUAUUAUUAUUAUUAUUAUUAUUAUUAAAUUUUAUUAUAUUUUAUCAUGGUUUUAUCGCUUUAGUUUACGGUCCAGUGUUUCCACAUUUUUUAACUCAAAAAAACAUCUUCUCAGUCAUCUGUGGCAGGUUGAAGAGUCCUAACCUGAUCUUUUGAGUGUGCAUCUGUGUGUGUUUUAAUAUCCUGCUUAAAUGAACAGCACUUUGUUCUACAUUCUAUGUAUGAAAAGUGUCUUAAAAAUAAAGAUUGAUUGAUUGAUUGAUUGAUUGAUUGAUUGAUUGAUUGAUUGAUUGAUUGAUUGAUUGAUUGAUUGAUUGAUUGAUUGAUUGAUUGAUUGAUUGAUUGAUGGAUUGAUUGAUUGAUUGAUUGAAAACUGUUUCCUACAGCCCAAAAAGGCUACACAUAAAGGUUCAUCUGACUUUUUCACCUCUUCAAAUGAUGCCAGUGUUGCUUCUCCUUUUGGUCAAACUGAAUUAUAAAGUCGAAGUUACAGCUACAAUCAACUGACACAGACAAGAGAACACAUUAAGAAGUGAAAUAAGAUAUGUGUUCAUAUUUAAUCAGCAGGGAUCCAAACUGCUAUAGGCAAACCUACUUACACAAGUCCCAUUGGAGGCAUCUUCAGUGAAGUACUCAAGUUUUGCCAGACAGCAAGGAUACUGAAUGAAGAGACUGAAUGAGGAUAACAUAACUUUACUUUAUCAGAUUUACCUUGGGAGCUAUAUAGAGAAGCACAAACACACACACACACAUUGUAUUGAAUUAGAUAUGGGUGUUCUGAUGCUGUGAGAGAGACAUGAUUAAAAGCAUCUGUAUUACAAGCUGUAUAUGAUCAAUUGUGGCUAUUCUUUUGUCAUAUCCAUGGAGACUUUGAGCAAACAGAUGGUUUUUCCCUCCAAGAAGAGGCUCUACAUGCUAAGAACACAAACAAAAGGCCAACUAAGACUUGUGUUGUUAAAUAUUUCAUCUCUUUCUGAAUUGCAGUUCGGUGUAAUGCUUUUGUCAAGUCAUCUCCUCUGAAGUUGCAUCACAAUGCUAUUUUUGUCUCCACAUGGAGUAAGAAUUCUGCUUUCUUUAUAAUUUAUCCAGACUUGAGUGACUGGUGCAUUUUAACCCUCUUUAAACUUGUUUGAUUAGUAUCUAUUUUGUGUGUUUCAUUUUCAUUUUUAUAUUUUGAUUUGAAAUUUAAAAUUCUAUAUUAGGAAUAAUCAGACAGCGAUAAUUACAGUAAAAGUGAAUAAAGAGAUAGAGAAGUGCAGCUGGUGUCAUGGUGGUUCUUGUUAGUUUAGUUUUUCCUGGUUUUGUAAUUUAGUUGUAUUUUCUGUGUAUUUUCCUCAGUGUUUGGGUUCCCUGUUGUUCCUGUUUCUGUUUCUGACAUAUUGGAAAACAGUUGAAAAGAGGAUAUGGGCCAAACAUCGACAAGGAGAUUAUUCCACGUUUUUGUGGCUGUUAAUUUAGUGAAUAGUAAGCUAUACUUUAAAAUUAUCCUAGUCACAUUUAUAGUGAUAGUCACAUUUAUUUGCUUAUAUGAAUUGCCAUGCUGGUAAUUUUUGAAUUUUCAACUUUCAACAUUUGAACUCAAUUUGGUGUUAACAAGGGUAAAAUGGCUCAGCUUUCAUCAAUGACUGUGAUUGCUGACCAGCCCAUAAGAAGCGAUGUUGGUUGGUUUUCAUAUUGGGUGGUAUUGCAUUGUGGCAUUGUGUUGCAGAAGUAAGUGCAUCUCUAAUGAGAUCAACAUGAUUCCUGCUUGUUCCAAUCUGUAGCGUUUCAUUGAUUCACUGUCAUCCAGUGUUUGAAGAAUAUCUCUCCUGCCUCUUCUGUGCACCAUUUUGUCCUCUGCUUUAGGAACUCCUAAGCCCCUUAAAAGUCCUCUUCCCUGCUAUUAACAGAUCUCCCCUUAGGAGCUCUCUUAAGAGCUAGGAUUCUUUAGGAAUAGCUUUUAUCUUUACUCAAAUCUACUCUUCCCUUUUAGGGGAAAGUCUAAGAAAACAUCAUGAUUUUGAGAGUUUUCUUAGAAUUUGGCCACUAGGAGCAACUCUUUGCACUAAGAAUCUUCAGGAAAACAGCCCUUGACUUACACUUUCCUUCAACACCAAUAAAUCUUUCUUUGUUUAAGUGGUUCUAUAAGAAAAUCCAGAGUAGUUUUCAAAACAAUGUAUCUGGAAUUGUAAUGCAUCCAUUGUGAUGUCCCACUUAAUUUCUAGGAACUUCAAAAACAACCAUUCAUCUCCUUAGGCCAAGCAAGAAGCCCAACCCCCAG